CAGCCUCAAAGUCAAAUUUUCGCAGCCUCGCAUGACAUGACGUCUCCAAACAUUAGGUCCCUACCGUAGGUACCUUAGGUAGUCAACAAAGCUUGGAGAUUACCUAUACCAAAAAGAUUGAACACACGUAGAUGCGCCACGAUAUACCAGUUGAUUCCCCCCAUCCCCUAACCUAAAAUGGCGCACAUGACCAAUCCUCUCGCAACCGUCGACCAGCUAUACCAGCGGACCUCCUUCAGCGCGCUACCCUCCGACCUCCAAGACGCCAUCUUCUUCGCGACCCAACGUCUGACCCAAGCCGCCGGCAUCCUGCUCCGGCUCCCCCAAUCCGUCACAGCCCAAGCCAACGUCGUACUCGCGCGCUACUGGCUCGUCGAAUCGCCUCUGUCCCACGAGUUCGCCGAUACCUCCGCCGCGGCCCUCUUCCUCGUCGCCAAGCUCAGCGCGCACCCUUGUCUGCCCCGCGAUAUCUGCAAUGUAUACGCCUACCUCCUAUCUCCGGCCUCCGCUCUCUCUAAGAGCGGUAGUAAUAAUAAUGAUGGAGGAGGAGGAGGAGGAGGGAGGGGAGACGUCGACGACAAGGAUAGAGGGGACCCGUCAUCAUACUACCUCUCGGAAAGCGCAUACGCCUCCUUCCGAUCGCGCAUCCUAGCGCUCGAGGCUCGCAUACUGUACUCCUUAUCCUUCGACACGCACGUCGCGCUGCCCCACCCCCUAGCCAUCACCUACCUCCAAGCGCUAGACUUCCUCGACCAACCCCGAGCCGAGAUCGCGCGCCGCGCCGUCGCGUACCUCAACGCGGCGCUCCUGUCGCCGCAGCUGCUGUACCUCACGCACCAGCCGCACGCGCUGGCCGUCGCGGCGAUAUACUCGGCGGCGCGCGACGCGGGGGCCAAGAUGCCGACGUGCGCGUGGUGGGAGGUGUUCGACGUGGACCGCGAGGAGCUCGGGUUUCUGGUCGUCGGCAUGCGCAGUCUCGAGGGCUGGGUGCGGGCGCAGCAGCGGGAGGAGGAUGGCGGUGUGCUGGCGAGGGGGAUGGUCAUCACGCGCGCGUAUGUGGAGGGGGAGAUGAGGAAGAGGGGGCUGAGGAUCGGGAAUGGGAGUGCCGGGGCCGAGGCUGGUGAGGAAGAGAUGGAAGAUGAGGAGACGGCCCUUAUGCGGCAGAUGGAUGAGAAGGCGGCACAAUUAGACGAAUGAGGGCUGGAGUUAGCUCAAAAUCUGUGGGCUGAAUAGAGCUUAGAAGGGCGUCAGGGACUGCUAUUUUUAGAUCCUAUAACUUCACGCUACUUAUAUCCGAGAAGGAUGGGCAAACUAUGAUCCCCAGCAUCUUAAUAGAUGGAAGAUUAGUUACAACCUACCUUAUAAAUGGUCUUUUAAGGUUAAUAGUACGAACUUAAGUCGCCCUAAGAAACUAUAGGGGUAGGAGAAGAUGAGAAUGUAUUAAAGAACAUGACUUAACAAGGAUGGUUUCCUUCGCAAGUCUUAUCUAACUGAUUAUGAUCUCUCCUAGAGAAAUUUAC